AUGGCCAGUACGGCCUCCAUGGCUGCUGCCAGGCCUUGGCUGCGUGCCUCGAACCUCACGUACUUCUUCUCAUUUGGUGAUUCGUAUUCGCAGACUGGGUUCAGCGCGUCGGGGACUCAACCAUCCCCGUCGAAUCCCAUGGGGAAUCCUGCACUGGGAACCGGCACAACAACUGGCGGUGAAAAUUGGGUUGGCUUUCUAACCACCAAGGAGAACUCCUCGCUUAUUCUGAACUACAACCUGGCCGUCGGCGGUGCGACCAUCGACAACACCAUCAUGGAGGGCUACCCCGACGAUCUGGUGUCGCAGGUGGGCGUCUUCGAGGAUAACUAUGCAAGCAAGCCUGCGUCCGCGCCGUGGACUUCGGCGAGUGCCGUGUUUGGCAUCUGGAUUGGAGUUAACGACGUCGGCAAUGCGUUCUGGCAAACCGAUGCAGACACCUUCGUCCCGCGGUUGAUCUCACGACUCGGGUCGCUCAUCCAGGGGCUCUAUGACUCCGGCGCCCGCAAGUUCCUCGUACUCAAUGUACCGCCUACCGGACGGAGCCCGUUAUUCCUGGACCAGGGCGAUGCGACGGUCCAACAGCACGCCGCGUAUUUGUCGGUGUAUAACACGCAGCUCAAGGAUAUGGUUGACGGGUUCAAGGCUAACCACACCGAUGUCACCGCCGUCCUCUAUGACUCCUGGUCGUUCAUGACCAAGGUCCUGGACAGCCCCGUGGAAUACGGAUUCCCCGACGCGACAUGCAUCAACGAGGAUGGCACUUCGUGCAUCUGGUGGAAUAACUACCAUCCUUCGGCCAAGUAUCAUGAGCUCCAGGCGGAUGAUAUGAAGCAGGUUCUGGCGCCUUUGGGCGCGUGGUAA